AUGUAUAUUUUAAAGUUAGGAUCAAGAUUUUCGUCUUAGAAAUCAUAUGAUUAUUUAUAUGGCAUCAAUCCUGUUAUGUCUGCAUUAUAUGCCAACAAAAGAUAGUUUACAUAGCUUUAUGUAAAUUAAACAUAAUAAAGUAUUCUACUAUCAUAAAUUUAGAGAUGAUUAUAUCAAUCCAAGAAUCUCAAAUAUCCUUAAUAGAGCAUAAUCAUUAAAAUUAGAUGUGUAAAUGAUUCCAAAAGUAUUUAAUAAAAUCUAUUAAGUUUAGAAUAAAUUAGAAAGAUAUUGCAGCAAUGACCACCAUUAAAAUGUUAUUUUGAAAUGUUCAAAAUUAAAUUAUUGUAAUCAAUUAUCUGAUGAAUCCAAUUUUGUUUUAUUGGAUUCAGUUUAAGAUCCUUAAAAUUUUGGAGCAAUUUUGAGAGUUUGUUUCUUUUUAGGAAUUAACACUGUUAUUGUUGAAAAGAAAGGUUAGUGCCCAUUAUCUCCUACAGUAAGCAAAACAAGUGCAGGUGCUCUUGAAUUGAUGAAUAUCUUUGAAACUGAUAAUUUGGCCACUUUUGUAAAACAAAGGAAACAUGAAUUUUAGGUUAUAGGAAGUGGUUUUGAAAGCAAUAGUGUAUAAAAUUGAUCAUAAUUUGUGAGAUUCCAAUAGAAGAGUUCUAGAAGGAUUAAAAAAAACAAAAAAAAAUCAUAAUUUUUGGAUCUGAAAGUUCAGGGAUUAGAACAGAAUUAUUCAAGUAAUGUGAUACCAUAGUAAAUAUAAUGAGUAGUCGACAUACUUUCCCAGAGACUUUAGUUGAUUCAUUAAAUGUUAGUGUAUCUGCUGGAAUCAUAUUAUAAUAAGUGUUGAAUAGUAAAUGAG